CCGGCCUGAUCCACCCCUCAGAUUCUCAGACCGGUGCCCCACCCCCAGUGACCCCCAUCUGACCGCCGGUGAGCGCGUUGCAGGGAACAAGAAAAAGGGUGUCGAGCCCGGCCAGUGGUGUGUUGGUGCGAUGCCACCCCACUCGACACUGCCCUUCAGGCGUCUCAUCUGGUCCUUGGCCUCCAGUCGGCUGGUUCCCAGAAGACACAGUGGACAUAGCCUCCUGCAUACAGCUCCAGAAGCCCGCACAGAUGGGAUUGCCCCUGUGUUCAUCCGAGCCCUGGCCUUUGGGGACAGGAUUGCCCUUAUUGACAAACAUGGCCGUCACACCUACAGGGAGCUUUAUGACCGCAGCCUUUGCCUGGCCCAGGAGAUCUGCAGGCUUCGGGGUUGUAAGGUUGGGAACCUCCAGGAGGAGAGGGUUUCCUUCCUGUGCUCCAAUGACGUCUCCUAUGUUGUAGCUCAGUGGGCCUCCUGGAUGAGUGGCGGCAUUGCUGUCCCGCUCUACUGGAAGCACCCUGCGGCCCAGCUGGAGUAUUUCAUCCAAGACUCCAGGAGCUCUGUGGUCGUGGUGGGCCAGGAGUACUUGGAGCGCCUAAGUCCAGUGGCCCAGAGGCUGGGAGUUCCUCUUCUGCCUCUCACGCCUGCCAUCUACCGUGGAGCAGUGGAGCAGCCCCUAGAGCAGCCGGUUCAAGAGAGGGAAUGGCGUGACCGGGGUGCUAUGAUCUUCUACACCAGUGGGACCACGGGGAGGCCCAAGGGUGCACUGAGCACCCACCGUAACUUAGCAGCUGUGGUGACUGGGCUGGUCAACGCGUGGGCGUGGACAAAGAAUGACGUGAUCCUUCAUGUCCUCCCGCUGCACCAUGUCCACGGUGUGGUCAACAAGCUGCUCUGUCCACUCUGGGUAGGAGCCACCUGUGUGAUGCUGCCCGAGUUCAGUGCUCAGCAGGUUUGGGAAAAGUUCUUGAGCACAGAAACUCCACGGAUUAAUGUAUUUAUGGCAGUGCCCACGAUCUACAGCAAACUGCUGGACUACUACGACAAGCACUUCACACAGCCCCACGUACAGGACUUCGUGCGUGCGGUUUGUAAAGAAAAGAUUAGGCUCAUGGUGUCAGGCUCGGCUGCCCUGCCUGUCCCCCUGCUGGAGAAGUGGAAGAGCGCCACGGGCCACACACUCCUGGAGCGCUAUGGCAUGACGGAGAUUGGCAUGGCCUUAUCCAACCCCCUGACGGAGGCUCGCCUGCCAGGUUCGGUGGGGACCCCAAUGCCAGGAGUGGAAGUUCGCAUUGUCUCAGAAAACCCGCAGAAGGAUUCUCCCUACAUCAUCCAUGCAGAGGGAAAUGAGAGGGAGACAAAGGUGACCCCAGGGUUCGAGGAAAAGGAAGGAGAGCUGCUAGUUAGGGGACCCUCUGUGUUCCGAGAAUACUGGGAUAAGCCGGAUGAAACGGAAAAGGCUUUCACUCCGGAUGGCUGGUUCAGAACAGGGGACACCGCCGUGUUCAAGGACGAUAGGUACUGGAUCCGAGGGCGCACUUCAGUGGACAUCAUCAAGACUGGAGGCUACAAAGUCAGCGCCCUGGAGAUUGAGCGGCACCUGCUGGCCCACCCCAGCAUCACCGAUGUGGCUGUGAUUGGAGUUCCGGAUAUGACGUGGGGCCAGCGGGUCACAGCUGUGGUGGCCCUUCAAGAAGGACACUCGCUGUCCCACAAGGAUCUCAAGGAGUGGGCCAGAGGUGUCCUGGCACCCUAUGCUGUGCCCUCCGAGCUCCUGCUGGUGGAAGAGAUCCCACGGAACCAGAUGGGCAAGGUGAAUAAGAAGGAACUACUCAGGCAGUUCUACCCCUCGUGACCAGAGGAGCCAGGGGGCCGAGGCCAGAGGACAGCAGACAUCCCCUGACGAUCAUGUGCUGUGGGCCUUGCAGUGGGCCCAGAGACCCUUAGACGGAAACAACCCCCCUCCCCUGCAAUCAAGUUGACCAGAAUCAAAAACACUGGGGUGAAAUCACCCAGGCUGAUUGUCCAAGCUCACGUGGCCCUGAUCACUGGGUGUGUCCUCAGUUGUCCCUGAGAUCACUGAUGUAUGUCAGCCUCGCAAGCACAGUAAGGGCAUGACUGUCCAGUGUGUGGCCGUCUUCGCAGUGCCCAAGACUGCUGACUCCUAAGGGCAGGUCCCAGAGAGGCAGAGGUGACGCUGAGAAAAGAGAUGAAAUAAAGACAGAAGACAGUAUCCUGUGCUUCCUGGCUGUGGUGAACAAGUUACAUGUCUGCACGCACCACCUCCAGCAGUCACAGCUUCCAGCCGCCAUAGGAUGCCAGACAGCGGCACUGGGCGGAGCCUGCAGCCCCCAGACCUGGAUUCUGCUGCUGGGACUCUCACCCUGGAACUGUGGUCUGUGUGGUCGAACAGCCCCCCAAGGCUGUCCCCAGAUGGCCCUGAAGCUUCCCUGCCUUGACACUGCCUCACCCCAAUUUAGGGUCUUUCUGGUUCUUCUCUAUGCUCUGUCCCCUUUGUUGCCUGCUUCUCAGACCUUCCUACUCUGCUGUGUCCACAUCUGAAAGUUUCCCUGACCUCCAUCCCCCAGGCCCCCAGGCACUGUAGGUCUCCUGCCUGCUUGGCUACAUGCACGUGGAGAAACAAUGUUCUCUCGCUCUCUCUCCUUCCCUCCCCUCUCUUUCUCUCCUCUCCCCUCCCCUAUCCUCCUUUCUCUCUCCUUCUGGGGCCACUUCUGACGGCUGUGUCAGUGAUAGCCAUGUGCCCAUACAUAGUUCUCCGCAAUCUGCAGACAGCAAAUGAGGGCCAGUAGCAGGCAGUGGUAGUGGAGCCUCUGACAUAGUCACCGGCAACACUCAAGCCCAGUAGCGCUCCUCGUUAGACUGGAGUACACUUCACUGAAUGGAAGAUGCUCUGUCCCCAGAAACCAGGAUGCAUAAGAACCUGUUGGAAGUCUGGGCCUCCCAGAGGCCAGUUCAUGUUGGUGACUGUGCUCCUGGGGUUGGUGGCAGGAUUCCCAGAGAAUCCCAGUGCAGCCCGCCGGAGCCACCCUGGGCUGCCUCGUCUGCAGCUCACUCUAUAUUGGGCCAUCUUGCUCAGGAAACACCACAGCUCCUACUGGGCCCAAGACUUUGGAGUCAAAGGCCAAGGCAAAAGCCUCAGGAAUGGUGGGAGGUGAGGCUGACUAUGGCCUAAGCAAGGUUGACCUCUGUGUUAGGCCUAGGCACCAGAAAGGAAGUGAAGAGAGCCGCUGUGAAAGGGUUCCUCAUGUCGCGAUGCUUAGGCCAUGGCCACAGGUAGCUGCUGGAGCUUAGGUUGUCAUCCUCCCAGCUGCCCUAACUUUGCCUCCCAGGCUUCCCUGACUGCCUUUGCUAUCACCGUGCAGAAGUCAACUUCACCUGGAACCUACUUUCCAGAGCAGGAGUGUUACAGGCCAGCACAGACCUCAGUCCCCGAGUUUCCAGAAAGCCCUCUCACAAGGUCACAGGAGGAGGCACACCUCUGUGCACACCGAUUCUGUUGACUCCUGGCCAAUACCAUCAAGACCUUGACAGGGAAGCCUUGUGUGCCUGGAAGCAGGAGGGCAGCCAGGCACCCCCUGCUGUGCGGAGCCUGAACAGACAUCAGGAAGUCCAAGGGCACUGGGCCCUGUGAUCCCUUCCCCACACCCUCACUGGCAGUGCCGAUGUCUGGAGCCCUGAAUGUGGUCCAGCAUAGGGAAAGAUGCCGUGGAACCAUCAUUCAGACCUAAAGCCGGAGGCUGCACCAGCUUAGAUCUCAGAAUGAAGAGGAAACAGCAGAGCCACAGGUCUGUGCCUUUGUGCAUGUAUCUCAUACACACACACACACACACACACACACACACCGGUCUCUUGCCAUUCUCUGUACGGUGCCUUCAGAUUGGCUGUUUUCUAGACAUUCCAUCUCUGGCCAGAGAGGGAAGCACCCGCUGUCAUGCUCGUCACAACCCUACGGGUACAGUUCUGGUGGCUCGUGGCCCUGGCAGAACCUUCCCGCACCCAAGAAGACUCAGUUCCCCAGUAUCUAGGACCCAGGCCCUUGAUGCUGGCCCCUGUCGUUUCCCCGCUGUGGCCAUGAGCAGGAAUUCUGAGCCACCUCCACUUGCCCUAGUAGAGCUGACUGCCCUUGCUGACGUCCACCAUGUGGUCAAUUUAGCUCAGCAAAUAGAUCGAUAUCAAAUUAUCCCACUUCACCUUCAUAACUCUUAAGCAAGCCAGAGUGGAGGGAAGACGGGGUCACUAGAAAUAAAAAGCCGUGGAGGCCCUCUGUGGUCUAUCACCCGAAGACAGUGGCAGCAUCCGCGCCAGCUGCUGACACGGUUGUUAAUAAAGCCCAGGAAAGCACUGUCAGCUACAGUGAAGGAUAGCCACAGGUCAGCCCGGGACCCGCCUCGUACUGGCAGGGUACAAGACGCACCGUUUGUGACCUGAGCUCUUCUCAGGUGGGCAGUGAGUGCCGCGCAGGCAGACACGCUGGACGCCCGUCUGUGGGUCUUUCUACACACUGGGAGGAGCACCCCAACCUCUGCUGCAAACGAAACAUCUGAAAGCUGGAGUGACUGUCACAGCCAGAGAGAAAACUAAGGUGCCGACUGCACUGCUCGGGUGCACAGCCCUCGGUCUUCUGCCUUCGUGUAUCCUGGCCGCCUCCCUGGAGCCCCCCCCUUCCCUGCCUACGUCUGUGUGUGAGCAGAGGGUGAGAGUGGGUCUGGCGUGUGCGUGCGUGGUGCCUGUGGGCACUUGUCCCUGUAAAAGUGAGCAUGCACCCUGUCACGUGACCACAGGAGUCUUCCAGAGGACUGUGGGUGUCAGAACAGGCUCAGCUGGGUCAGGCACAUCUGCAUGUCCUGGCUUUGGUGGCCCUUCCCCCCAUUCGCUGGAUCCUCUCCGAAGCACAAGGAAGUCACUGACUUGGAGGGUGUAGCCCCUAGUGACAGGCUGAUGACUGUGUAAGAAUGAUAAACUAUUAAGCCAUCGGUGCACUCAUCCCCAUCUGUCAGGACUUCCCCACCCCACCACCAGUAAAAAGCAGCAACAGCCAGCAGCCCCAUGUCCAUGCCUCAACCGUGUUCUCACAGCACCUGCUCUGAUAGGAAAGAGCUACUUGUUAGAAAUGGACAGAGCUCUACCAGGCUGGCUGGUUUGUGCACACAUGCCAACAGACACACAUGUACAUUGAACAUACAUAAAACACGUGCACAUGGGUGACCAUGGGCAAAGCAGUCCUGAUUUCAGAAACGUCUCCCUGAAUGUCAGCUGCUUCAGAAGCUCCAGCAGCCAGUGUCAGUCAACGAGAACAGGUGUCUGGAGGAAGGGGUGUGGGACUCUGCAAUUCUGACAGGUCAUGGGGUCCACGGUGUCACCAGUUCUGCAAUGACCCUGCAUGUAGUUACCCACUUCUGUCCCAGAAGGGCAAGUCCAACCAAAGAAGACAAAAGUCACUCUUUAAAGGGCAUUUUAAACACUGUAGAAGGACAGGAAAGAGUGGCUGGCCCUGCAUGCUUACACACACACACACACCAGUUUAUUGAGUAAGGGGUUCAUGCUAUGGUCGUCUUCAAGAAGUGAAACCCAUGAGGCUGGAAAGAUGACUCCGGGUUGAGAGCAGUGGCUGUUUUCCAGAGGACCCAGGUUUAAUUCCCAGCACCAAUAUGACAGCUCACAACUGUCUGCAAUUCCAAUCUAGGGGAUACAGUGCCCUCUUCUGGUUCCUUUGGGCACCAGGCAUGCACAUACGUUGUGCGCAGGCAUAUGUGCAGGACAAAUGCUCAUUAAAAACAUCAAAUAAACGUGAAACCCAGACCACUGGUGACAUGGAGGCCCAGGUGGGUCUGUGGGUGGAACAGUCUUGGAGUCAGCUGUGCCUCUGCCUGAGAAACAAUGGCCCGUGCUUUGAGUGCUCACAGAACUUGAUCCCACCAGCGCUCGACUGUUCUGGGACGAGCUCCGUGCACCAGGGAAGGCGUUCAUUUAUACAUGAUUGAUACAUGAUUAAUAAAAACUCAGAGAAAUUGGGGUCCAACCUGAAGGUCCGAAAAAGCAAAGCAGCCAGCCACUGGCUCUUACCUCGACCUCAGUUUGAAAUGGCGACCCUGCCUCCAGGAAUUUUGGAAUGAGACUAUGUCUGAGAGCUGUUUCCUCCCAUUUUAUAAUUCUCCCUAGGGCAUCCAGGACUACACAAAGAAACCCUGCCCCUGCCCACCCCCCCGAAAGAAAAAGAAAAGAAAAAAAAUAUACUUUUUUUUUUUAAAAUACCUACUUAAUACAAGAAGAGUACACUGGAGAGACCAUGGAGAUGGCUUAGCGGGUAAAGGCCCUUCCACCAAGCCAGAGAGGACCUGAGUUCAACCCCAAAGUGCUGGAAAGAGAGAAAUGUCUCUGUACAGUCACCCUCUUGUCGCACGUGCCCUGUGGACAUGCACACCUACACAAUAAAUAUAUAGUAUAUAUAUAUAAUGAAAGGCUGGGUAUAGUGAUGCAUGCUUUCAAAUCCAGCACUUGGAAGGCAGAGGCAGAAGGAUCUCUGUGUGUUUGAGGCCAGCCUGUUCUACAGAAUGUGUUCCAGGACAGGUAGGACUACAUAAAGAGACCCUGUCUCAAAAUACAUAUGUGUAUACACACACACACACACACACAUAUAUAUAUGAAAUAUAUAUUUAAAGGAAAUAUAUAUACCCUUUAAAUUAUCAUUGUAACCUAGAUAUUUAUUCUGCUUAUUCCUGUUUAUACUUGUGGAUUUUUAUAGUAUGGAUAUGGUUGAGUUUGUUCCAUUUAGAAACUGAUUUAUUGUUUAAAUAAAUAUGCCAGUGAAAAUGGCCUUAUAUAACCCUGAAUACAUUAAAUUUUAAAAAAUUCCUUAUGGAAACCUGUUGGCAGAGGCUGCUCAUUCAUUCCUGGCCACCCAGACCUGAAAUAAUUACACAGAAACUAUAUUAUUACAACACUGCUUGGCCUAUUAGCUCACACUUCUUAUUGGCUAGCUCUUAUAUCUUAACUUAACCCAUUUCUAUUAAUCUGUGUAUCACCAUAUGGUCGUGCCUUCCGGUAAAGUUCCAUGUGGCACCCAGCCUCUGUCUUCUGCAGGCAGCUACACGGCUUCUCCUCAGCUCCACCUACUCUCUCCUCUCUCUGCUUGGAAUCCCCACCUUGCCCUAUUCUGCACUGCAAUAGGCCCAAAGCAGAUUCUUUAUUAACCAAUGGUAUUCACAGCAUAUGGAGGGGAAUCCCACAUCAGAAACCCACUCCUUUGAGGGUAAUUUAACUAUAAUUUGGGGCUGGAGAAACGACUCCACAGUGAGGCACUUGUUCUUGCAGAAGACCCAGCUUCAGUUCCCAGCACCCACAUGAUGGUCACAGCCAUUCAUAACUCCAGUUCCAGGGUAUUGGGUGCCCUCUUCUGACCUCUGUGGUCACCAGAUGUGUGUGGUACACAUGCCUACAUGCAGGCAAAACACCCUCACACAUAAAAUAAUAAAAUGAUUCUUUUAAGACUAGCCAAUUGAAUAAGCCUGUGACCUCAGCCAUGUAGGAAAGACGUGGUCAGUUCCUGCCUUUGAGUUCACUCUUACUAACGUCCUCUUGAUCAAGAGCGAAGUUUGCUUUGUCCAGACAAUUUUGUUGGAGUAGUGGCCUCUUUUCUUUGUGACCCUGAACUUAUUUCUAAUAAAGCUUCUCUAAAC